UAAUCUCUGCUACAGCAGCUAUGUGUUUCUCCCAAAUCUGUGUACUGUCACAGGGGAGCUCUAGAAACGGGGGGAACUAGAGAAUUAGGUUGUAGAGCCUAAUUAGGUUGUGGAGAGGUGCUAGGGAGAAAGAGGAGAGCCGCACACUGGAGCUGGGAGUGCUGGAGUCAAGGAACUGGAGCUGGGUGCCCAGGAGUCUCUCUGAUUGAGGCUUGAGGGCACAAAGCUGCUAGAACCCACAGCUGAAAAGUAGGCUGAGAAGAUGAGGGAGGAGGGUUUCUAAGCACUCUUAACCUUCUCUUCGGCCUUCUGGUCAGGCCCCCCACAGGAUGCAAUGGCGCAGCCCCCCCGGCUGAGCCGCUCUGCUGCCCCCUCACUUUGGGACCCAGCUUCCACUGCUCCAACCUCAGGCACCAGGCCUCGACUUUGGGAGGGUCAAGAUGUACUGGCCAGAUGGACUGAUGGGCUACUGUACUUGGGGACCAUCAAAAAGGUGGACAGUGCUCGGGAAGUAUGUCUGGUCCAGUUUGAGGAUGAUUCCCAGUUUCUGGUUCUAUGGAAAGACAUUAGUCCUGCGGCCCUCCCCGGGGAGGAACUCCUCUGUUGUGUCUGUCGCACUGAGACUGUGGUCCCUGGAAACAAGCUGGUCAGCUGCGAGAAGUGUCACCACGCGUUUCAUCAGGACUGCCAUGUGCCGAGGGCCCCAGCUCCCGGAGAGGGAGAGGGCCCAUCUCCCUGGGUUUGCCGCCAGUGUGUCUUUGCCAUCGCCACCAAGAGAGGGGGUGCCCUGAAGAAGGGGCCCUACGCCCGGGCCAUGCUGAGCAUGAAGCUUUCCCUGCCAUACGGACUAAAGGGGCUGGACUGGGACGCUGGACAUCUGAGCAACCGUCAGCAGAGUUACUGCUACUGUGGCGGCCCUGGGGAGUGGAACCUGAAAAUGCUGCAGUGCCGGAGCUGCCUGCAGUGGUUUCACGAGGCCUGCACCCAGUGUCUGAGCAAGCCGCUCCUGUAUGGUGACCGGUUCUAUGAGUUUGAAUGCUCUGUGUGUCGAGGGGGCCCUGAGAAGGUUCGGAGGCUACAGCUUCGCUGGGUGGAUGUGGCCCAUCUGGUGCUCUAUCACCUCAGUGUGUGCUGUAAGAAGAAGUACUUUGAUUUUGACCGGGAGAUUAUGCCCUUCGUUUCUGAGAACUGGGACAGUUUGCUCCUGGGGGAGCUAUCAGACACCCCUAAGGGAGAACGCUCUUCCAAGCUCCUCUCUGCUCUCAACAGCCACAAGGACAGGUUCAUUUCAGGGAGGGAGAUUAAGAAGAGGAAAUGCUUGUUUGGCCUCCAUGCUCGGACCCCUCCCCCUGUGGAGCCCACUGGAGAUGGAGCCCCCACCAGCUUCCCUUCAGGGCAGGGCCCUGGGGGAGGGGUCUCACGGCCCCUGGGGAAACGCCGGAGGCUGGAGCCAAAGCCUCUGAAGCGGAGGCAGAAGGGGAAAGUGGAGAAGCUGGGGCCCCCCUCGGCAGAGCAGCAUCAGCCCGAGACCCUGGAGCAGAGGGAGCGGAGAGAGCGGGCUCGUCUGCAGAGGGCGCUGCAGGCCUCAGUGUCUCCACCACCCCACAGCCCUAACCAGAGUUACCAGGGCAGCAGCGGCUACAACUUCCGGCCCACAGAUGCCCGCUGCCUGCCCAGCAGUCCCAUCCGGAUGUUCGCUUCCUUCCAUCCCUCUGCCAGCACUGCAGGGACCUCUGGGGACGGAGAACCCCCAGACAGGUCACCCUUGGAACUUCACAUUGGUCUCCCCACAGACACCCCUAAAAGUGCUCCCCACUCGAUGACUGCCUCCUCCUCCUCAGUCCAGGCCCUUUCCCCAGGUCUUCCUAGACGCUCAGCAACCCCUUCUCCCCUCUGCCAUAGUUUGUCUCCAGGGACGGGAGGAGGAGCCCGAGGUGGGGCUGGCACUGGCUACCUAUCCCCAGGGGACCCUGUCAGGGUCCUUGCUAGGAGAGUAAGGCCUGAUGGCUCUGUGCAGUACCUGGUUGAGUGGGGAGGCGGCGGCAUCUUCUGAACGCCCAGCCUCUGCCCAUCUCCCCACUGUCACACACACACACCCCCACACACCGGCACUUUCAUACCCUGACCUCACCUGCAGCUGGGAUGUACCUGGGGAGGUAGAGGGAUGGGGCAGUGGGGAAUUCGGGUGGGGGUGCGAGGAAGAGGCUCUCUUCGCUACCCUCCUUCAUGAUUCCUGAUCGCCACCCCCUUCCCCUUCCUUCUUCCCAUUUUUUGAUGUUAUUUUGUUACAGCUUUUAAAAUAUUUUUAAAAAUUAUUAUUUAACCCCUGGGAGUGGAGACUGAGGAGGGGAGGGGGGAAAUGAUAAGGGAUCCCAGAUUCUGUAUGAUUGAAAUAAAGCAAAAUUAAACAAC